UCCAAGUGGAUCACACACUCACACACACACACACCCUUCAGGGCUCACACACACGGACGGCUACGCCACAGUGGAGUAUCAGCCCGCGGAGAGAGAAGGACGGAGAGGGAGAACUGCACCUGUCCCACACACUUACCCUUGGUCUUCACUCACAGAGACAGAGAGAGGGAUCUGGCUGCUCGUCCCUAUGUGUGGAUGGGAUCAAAGUUACACGGCGACCUCUCAAAGCUCGGCCAUGUUGACCAGUGAGGGGGCGCACACGAUGGAGCAGGACGACGUGCACCCCGGGGCCAAGAUGGCCUCCGCCGCCACCAGCACGUGCUCAGACGGAGCCGAGACGAUGAGCGACGCGGACGUCGACAUCGAGAUGGACGAGACAGACAUGACACAGUGGACCGAGGCAGAGUUCGAGGAAAAGUGCACAUACAUCGUCAAGGACACGGCGCGGGAGGCGGGGCCGGACGGCGACGUCGCUACGACGACGACCAGAGCGGAAGCGUCGCUGCCCCGGAACCUGGUCUUCAAACACCUGGCGGGAAGCAAGGAGGUGGCCGGCGUGUGCAGCAGGGAGUACAUCCCAAAAGGAACUCGCUUCGGUCCCCUGGUGGGAGAGAUCUACACGGCCGACAACGUCCCCAAAGACGCCAACCGGAAGUAUUUCUGGAGAAUCUACGAGGACGGGGAGUUCCACCACUUUGUGGACGGCCUGGAGGAGACGCACUCCAACUGGAUGCGCUAUGUGAACCCGGCACACUCGGCGGCGGAGCAGAACCUGGCGGCGUGUCAGAAAGGCAUGGAGAUUUACUUCUACACUGUGAAGCCGGUCCCUGCUGGUGCCGAACUGCUCGUCUGGUACUGCCACGAGUUUGCCCGACGCCUGCGGUACCCGCCGUCCGGGGAGCUGAUGAUGCAGAAACUCAAGCAGUCACUUCUGGAGGUUAAGCAACACCAGGUGAACAGCGAGGAUCACUUUGUCCAGGCAUCCAGCCCUUCUCCCACAACAGUGACCCCUACACCACCCAAGAGGGAAUACAGUGUCCUUUCCAUCUUGCAGGGCACCAACAGUACCUCAUCGUCUUCAUCCAUCAAGAGGGAGCCCAGCAGGCCCCUUCCCACCCGCCCUCAUUGUGCCGACAGCCCAGAGCGCCCUCUGUAUCCCCGCGCCAUUUACCCAGCUCUCAGGCCCCACCCUCACAUCUCUGAAGACUUCCUGAGCCACAAACCUGGCCAGCUUUGUUACCCCUCGACACAUUCCCCUGGAAAUCAGUCUUCCGCCACACCUAGUCCGUCCGCAAGGAGCAGCCCAGACAGCAGCCCUCAGGGGAGCCCCUCUGGUCCGGCCUCUUUCUACUCCAACAGUUUGGGUUCCUACCCUGGUUACUCCCCACCAUCAGCCCCCUUCUCCUCCCCUUUCUACCCUCCCGGGCCUCCCUAUCAGCGUUAUCUCCUACCCCCUCACUACCCUCUCCCUGGAGGUGGCGUUCCCACUGUAGGAGGGAUUUUUCCCAGGAUGUACCCCAUCUAUGGCGGCCUCUUGCCCUCCCACGUGCCCCUCCUGCCCUCCGAACCAGCGGGGAGGCGCUUCCUAAUGCCUGAAUCCAUGCACCCCUCCCGCAGAGACUUCCUCCUGCCCGGGCCCACCAGUGCCUUCACUGCCGCUACAUCUUUAAGAGACAAAGCACCUCACAGCUCGUAUCCCGGGAACCCUAGUGUACACGGGCCAGCCCGUGCACCCUCCAGCGGCUCCCCGACCGCAGGCACGGCUCCUCCCAGCGAGCAGGUGCCCACCAAGCCUACCUCAGCCCUGCUGGGCAACACCAGCGAACAUCGUUCUGAUGACGAGGCUAUUAACCUGACCAAAGUGAAGCGUGGGGCGGGCUCGGCAGGCUAUAAAGCGCUGCCGUACCCCCUGAAGAAGCAGAAUGGCAAAAUCAAAUACGAGUGCAAUGUUUGCAGUAAGACCUUCGGGCAGCUGUCAAACCUGAAGGUUCAUCUUCGUGUGCACAGUGGCGAGAGACCGUUCAAAUGUCAGACCUGUAACAAAGGCUUCACGCAACUAGCUCACCUGCAAAAACACUACCUGGUUCACACUGGGGAGAAGCCACAUGAAUGUCAGGUUUGUCACAAGCGGUUCAGCAGCACGAGCAACCUGAAAACUCACCUGCGCCUCCACUCGGGGGAGAAGCCCUACCACUGCAAACUCUGCCCGGCCAAGUUCACCCAGUUUGUUCACCUCAAGCUACACAAACGCCUGCACUCCCGCGAAAGGCCCCAUAAAUGCCUUCAUUGCCACCGCCAUUACAUCCACCUGUGCAGCCUGCGCCUCCACCUGAAGGGCUACUGCUUAGCGGCAACCUCCGGUCCUGCAAGCCCCGCUGUUUCCAGCCAGGCGGCCAUGGAGGAGGUGCACCGCGCCAACGAGGAGAUCGAGCGCUUCGAUGUCAGCGAGCACGCAGAGCAGCUGGAGCAGCUGCAGGGAGGGGUGGAGAUGGACGCCAUGCUGGAGAAGCAGGUCUUGGGGAUGCUGUGGAGCGAGACUGACUUUAAGUCCCUCAGCAUUUAUCCCCACCACAAGGGCAGUGCCGCUGAGCUCCUGUCCGCAGGCUACGGUGCGUACGAGUCCCCGAAUGAGACGUCGGUCAUCAAGAUGCGGCACAGCAGCCCCAACCCACCACAUCCUGCUAAGGUCACCGUCAAGCAAGAGACAGAAGAACAUGCUUAAGUGACCGUUUCAUGUGCAAGGGACAUAGAUUUGAGAUUGCACGGUGGACUUGUUGCCCGGAGCAACAGCUGUAAAUAAUUACCUAUCGUGUUGUCAUCAGGAGUGACAUCAUGGCCACGGCAGGUUUUGACCUAUCAGGGACUCCAAUACUCAGGGCUGCAAGAGACACUGUCCCAUGACUACUUAGUGGUUUAAGCGUUUAUCAUUCUUAGACAAUCAUCCGACGAGGAUUCACCUUUAAUGUAAUUAAUAUAAUUCUACUAUUGUUAUUGUUGUAUGAUUUUUUUUAAUCUCCUUUUAAAUGUCUUUGCUUUUUGAUCAGUUAGUUAUGUAUAAUCUAAUUUAUUAUACUUUUUAAUUGUUUUCCUCAAAAGCAAUAAGUGGAAGGGAUAGUUACAAAGAUGGGGUGAAAACAUUAAGUUAAAGUUUCUGUUAACAUUAUACUGUUUUUUUUUCUUUGUGGCCAUUUUUCUGUACAUAGUCACUCUUUCUGUGCCCAUAUUUGUCUUGUGACCUCUGAGGUAUAAAAUCAGAGGUGUCCGAUCUUCAGGGUUUUACCUAUUUAAAUUUAGCAACCAAAGCAGCCAAAGUAUGGCACAUAAAUUUGUUAAUUUAAAUAGGAGAGCUUUAUUUCAACUCUCCUUGACAGCUCCCCUAAAACAUGCCUGUUUUUCUUUUGUUUUUCCGAUGCCUGCUUAAUUUAAUGAAACAAAAAUGGGCAUUUUUUUUAUUUUAUUUUUUUUGUACUUUUCACAACAGUUACCUCAGUGUGGAUGUAAUGAAAUGAGUGUGUGAGUGUGUGUUUAAAGGGAAAGCUGAAGGUGGGAGAUAUCUAUUUAUUUGAUGUUUUUGCUACUUGAAGAAGAAGAAACCAAAUUGAACUGGAGAUCAGUUCUUUACGUGGUCCAAAGGAGAGCGGCGCAGCCCGCUCAACAUGUAGCACAUAACCAUGGACUCGGGAGGCCGGUGAGCCGUCCUCCCCUCCUCGUCGCUCCUCUUGUUUUAUUUUAUUUAAUUUCAUUUCCCAACACUGUUAGUACCUACCAGGGAUGUGAAUAGAUUUAGGAUUUGGUAGUAAUAUAAUGAUAAAACCAUACUUACUGAUAGAUAAUGAUAAAAAAAGAACUUUCAUUUCAAAUGCACAACAAAAAAAAAGGGAAAAACCUAAACAAGGGAAGGAAUUUAGGAAUAAAAAUGCUGCAGAAUCAAAGAUGUUCUUUGUGUAUAUGGUAAAGUGUCCACUCUUUAGCUAUGUCCUGUUUUGUAUAUGUUUUUCAUUUUAUUGUUAUUAUUUUUUAAAUAUUUUGUCAAGUAACAAUGGCCCCUUCCUGAGCCCCGCCCGUCCGCUGCCUUGUUAAGAACACCUAAGCACCUCGGCCCUCUUUUAUGCACUGGCCCCCUCCUCUUACUUUGUGUCUUUAGUGCUGACGCUUCAACCACCGACACUGUGUACAAUAUCAAUGAAACUGGUCAAAUACAACUUAAUGUUACAGCAGCUGUAAUUUUUCUUUUUUGUUUUUGUUAUAGCAGUUGUACAUCAUCAAUUCUCUCUGAAUGAACUGAACUCUGAAGCUCCAACUGUCUUUUUUUUACCUUUCUGACAUUUGACCAAAGCAUCUCCUCCUCUGGUCGGAGCUUUAACCCCAGAGGAAAAUCCCAUGAAAAACUGUCUCUGUUUACAUUCUGGUUUACAAAGAUAUUUAUGUGCAAAAAUGUCAAAAUGUGUAAAUUAUUAUAUAAAUGUUCA